UCAUUCUUCAACUCAUUAGCUUCAUUAACCACUAGAGCUCAAGUUAUGAAAAGAGCUCAAAGAGGUUUAUACGGUGGAAAAGAUAUUCUUUUUGGAAAUAUUUUAAGUUUUUCAAAUAAAAAAACAAGAAGAGAUUGGAAACCAAAUGUUCACAACAAAACUUAUCACAGCAAUCUUUUAGGUACAGAUAUUAGAGUUAGAGUUACAUCAUAUGUUAUCAGAUGUAUUGAUAAAGCAGGUUCAUUCGAUAAUUAUAUUGUACAAACAAAAGAUAAAGAUUUACAAUCAGAAUUAGGUUCAGAAUUAAAAGUUGCUAUGAAGAAUGUUUUAAAAAGUAAAGCAAUUGAAAUUUUAGAACAAGAAGCUAAACAAGAACAAGAA